CAGUCACAGUGCGGCAUUGGGAAGUGGGCGGGAUGAGUCAGGUCAGGCUGCUGCCUUCACCUCCCCGCCAAACCCGGCUCCGAAACAUUAACCAACCAUCAUGUUACUCGGAGCCGCGCGUGGUGACUCUGGAUUGUUCGCUGGUGGCUUUGUUUUUGCAUCCUUACGUUUUAAGUGACCAGAUCGUGCUGUGGUUUUUUUUUUAAAAUGUGGCCUCUUUUCUAAGUUUAUUUAAUUAAUAACAAAACAAAAAGAAACACUUUCUACCGUGAGUCGUGUCUUCUUUCGUUUUGUAAUUUCCCGGCGCUGAUUCCGGUCCGUCAUGAAGAGAAAUCGGCGGCGUGGCCCCAAGGCGUUGAGUCAGCUCCGUGCGGCCGUCCAGAAGUUUGUGGAGAAGGAGUUGGUGGUGGUGGCGGCGGCGGCGGCAGUGUCGCCCUCCGAACCCGCCCAGAGCCGGCCACCGGGUCUCGGGCUCCGGAGAGGAAAAACUCGGAAGGAGUUGAGGAAGGAGCAGAGGAUGGAGAAGAAGUGCAGGAUGAGAGAUUAUUACCACAGGAAGCACCUGAACGGCAGACCCGGGCUUGCGGCUGAGGAAGGGGACGGUGUCGCGGCGAAACCCCAACCGGCCCAAGGGGAGGCGGCCGGGGCCCCUGAGACCCGACCUGGGUUGUUGCAGAGGAAAAAGGCGACGGCGCCACCGCGACCGCCCACUGGGAAGGCCACGAGGGGAGCCAAGAGCAGACAAGCCCGGAAGAUGGGCUUGCUGGAGGCUAACGUGGAAGAGGAGAGGGAAAUCAAGCGGCUGGAGAAAGCCCUGGGACUCCACAAGCGCAAAAACAGAACUGGCAUCCCGCAGGCUUUCACCAGGGACGGCCUGGAUUACGUCCUCGGGAUCAUCGAGCCCGGCGCCGCCGCUUUGUCGGAGUUGUAUGAGAGUGACGGCGAGAUCUCGGAGGCAGUAGAUGAUGAGCUGAAAGACCCAGAGACUGUCUCCGACCCGCGUCGGACUGAGGAUCGUCACGAGGACCUGGGACAGGAUUCAGACUCCGGUCUGCAGAGUGAAGAGGACCAGGAGAGUGCGAUGGAGAUGGAAUCAUCUCACGACGAGGACGAUGGCGAAAGUUCCGAGCCAGAUCGACUUUCGGGAAACGAAGCGGGGCAACUGUCAAAUGAAGGCAAUGAUUCCAGGAAGUAUAUUCCCCCGCAGUUGCGUGAAAAGGCUGAAUCUAUGGAUGCAAAGAAGAAGGAAGACCUUAUAAGACUUAAGAAGAAUGUAAAAGGACUUCUUAAUAGGUUGAGUGAACCUAAUAUGGCCUCCAUUUGUAGUCAGCUUGAGGAGUUUUAUAUGAGAAACAGUCGUAAAGACAUGAAUGAUGUGCUAACGGAUGUCAUCCUCGCAGCCUGUGUCACUUCAACCUUGAUGCCUAACAGAUUGAUGAUGGAGCAUGUACUGUUAAUUAGCAUUCUUCAUCACAAUGUUGGAAUUGAGGUUGGAGCACAUGUUUUGGAGGCAAUAGUGAAACAAUUUGACGAGCAUUCUAGAAAAGUCAGUGAAACUAAAGAAUGCGAUAAUCUAAUCAAUUUGAUUGCGCACUUCUAUAACUUUCACAUGAUUAACUCUGUGUUAGUGUUUGAUAUUCUUAAAAAACUUACAAACAACUUCAAAGAAAAAGACAUUGAGCUUAUUCUCCUUUUACUGAAAGAAGUGGGAUUUACCCUUCGGAAGGAUGAUGCUGUGGCAUUGAGGGAUUUGAUUCUGGAGGCCCAAAGCAAAGCUAACCAUGUUGGUAAACAAUUCCAAGACCAAACAAGGAUCCGUUUUAUGCUGGAAACAAUGCUGGCAUUGAAGAAUAAUGAUAUGCGAAAAAUUCCAGGCUAUGAUCCCGGACCUGUAGAAAGGCUUCGAAAACUGCAGAGGAGUCUGAUUCACAACAGCCGUGGUGACUUUCUCCUCCGUGCAACAUUAGAAAACCUGCUAACAGCAGACCAGGUCGGACGGUGGUGGAUUGUAGGAUCUUCGUGGAGUGGUAUUCCCAUGAUCGAUAACACAAGUACUAAAAUGCAACAAAACGUUGCUGUUGGAGAGGUAGGUGGAAAAAUAAUGGAACUUGCUCUCAAACAAAGGAUGAAUACAGAUAUAAGAAAGAACAUCUUUUGUGUCAUGAUGACCAGUGAAGAUUAUUUGGAUGCUUUUGAAAAACUUUUAAGACUGAGGCUGAAAGAUCAACAAGAAAGAGAGAUUAUUCAUGUUAUUGUUCACUGUUGCCUUCAAGAAAAAACAUUUAAUCCUUUCUAUGCUUUCCUGACUCAAAAGUUCUGUGAAUACAAUAGAAGAUUUCAGAUGACAUUCCAAUUUAGCAUGUGGGACCGCUUCCGAGACUUGAAGAACAUGGCCAAUGUAGCAACCACAAAUUUGGUUCAUCUCCUUGUUCAUCUUCUCAGCAGGAAAGUGGUGUCUCUGUCCAUCUUUAAAACAAUUGAGUUCAGCGAACUGGAUAAACCUAAAGUCAAACUUCUACGUCAAGUUCUCCAUAAAUUACUUGUGGAUACAGAACCUGAAGAAUUAGUAGCAAUAUUUCAAAGAAUCUCUGGAAUUUCAAAGCUGGGAAUGUUGCGGGAAGGCCUGAAACUCUUUCUUUCACACUUCUUACUGAAGAAUGCCUCCAGCUUGGGGAGUUUAGAACAAGCUAAUUUACUUAAAGCACGUGUGGACAUUGCUGAAAAGGCUUUACAGUCUAAAGAUAUCAUAUUGAAGUUUUAACCAUUGAACACAAUGUGGAAUUUUUGACUACAGCACACAUUGAAAAGCCUGUUCACAAUAUCUGUCUUACUGUUUGUACUUGGAAGACCUGGAUUAAUAACCGGAGGUACUUCAUGCUGCUGCUUUCGAAAAAAAACUUCAAGCUUUAUAUUUUUCAAAAAGACCACUAGGUGGUGUAUUUCUACCAUAUCAGUAUCUUAGAACAUAGAACAUAGAACAUUACAGCACAGUACAGGCCCUUCGGCCCUCGAUGUUGUGCCGACCUGUCAUACCGAUCUCAAGCCCAUCUAACCUACAUUAUUCCAUGUACGUCCAUAUGCUUAUCCAACGACGACUUAAAUGUACCUAAAGUUGGCGAAUCUACUACCGUUGCAGGCAAAGCGUUCCAUUCCCUUACUACUCUGGGUAAAGAAACUCCCUCUGACAUCUGCCCUAUAUCUGACACCCCUCAAUUUAAAGCUGUGCCCCCUCGUGCUCGCCGUCACCAUCCUAGGAAAAAAUGUAGCUGUGUAAAGGCAGGCGUUACAUAUAUGGGAUAUCCUUUUCCCCAGUUGGACAUUACUGGGCUGCUGUUAAUGUAGGGACCAUCUCUGCUUGAAUUGCCUGUUGAGUCUCUCACUACAACUGGCUGUGGAUGGGCUGGUGUGACUUGUGGAUGGGCUGGUGUGACUUUUAGGGAAUGUCCUUGCUGGCUGUUAUCUAUAGGAAGUGUCUCUGCUAACGUUACCUUCAGGGAGUGUCCUUGCGAGCAUUACAUGUAGGCAGCGUCCCUUCCGGUGUUACCUGUAGUAUUUCUCCUACAGUUGGCUGUGAAUGGGCUGCUGUGACCUGUAUAGGGUGUGUCCCUCGCCGUCACGUCCAGGAGUGAGUCCCAGUGACUGGCCUGCGCUAGUGGGCCGGUGUCCUUAGCUUUUAUGACACCAAUUUUAAUGCCUUUAUGGUUCAGAUUGCAGUUUAUAGCAAAUUAUAUUUCUACCUGUUCGUGGCUACAGAAUGCCAGUAAUAUGUUCUAUUCAAAGAAUUCCUUAAAUUACAUCUGACUUUGUGUUUAAAAAUAAUUUGUAUAUUUGUAAUCUCCGAACGUGGGUGUACUGUAGCCUUGAAAUUAAAAUAUUGUCAGAUUAACAAGAA